AUGACCCAGCAGGGGAAGAAUACCGCGGGAUUGCUCUCAAUUCCCGCAGCAGCCACCCAGAAGUCCGGCUCUGGGGCACCCGCAAAGAAGGCGCCGAAACCACCAGCGCCCCGUCUCAAACUGCUCAUUCGACGCCUACCACCAGGCCUGACACAGGCAGAGCUAGAAAUUGCCCUUGGUGAGCAAUGGAAAGUCGGAGCAGGCAAGGUUGAUUGGCUUCAAUACAAGCCCGGCAAGGUGUCGAAAGACCCCGCCAAACCAUCACGUCCCUCCAGAGCCUACAUCCACGUGGUAUCGUCUGAAUGUGUUGCUGCACUCUCUGAUACUCUGCGAAAUACCUCUAUUCAAGAUGCUCGCAACACUCUCCAUGACCCCAUCCUGCUCGGGCCUCCUUCUUUGGAGUUUGCACCCUACGCCAAGACUCCUGGCAGUCGUUCUCGCAAGGAUGCCCGCCAGGGCAUGAUUGAUCAGGAUGCGGACUUCAUUGCCUUCCUGGAGAGCUUGACGCAGCCCAUCACCAGACCGGCCGGGGUCGACGCCCCAGCUGAUGGCGAGGAAAAGAAGAAAGACACCAUGAAGACCACCCCUCUGGUUCAGUACAUUAAGGACAAGAAAGCAAGCAAAUCGAAGGACGGAUCGGGAUCCAAGUCCAAGCACAGCCGGGCCGAAAAGGAAUCUAAGCAGGAGAAAGUCCAGGCCAAGAAGCUUUUGCAGCGGGGCGAUAAGGAAAACACAGCUGCCGCUUCUGACAAGAAGGUCAGGGGGGAGAAAACAAACGGCAAGGAAUCAAAGGCAACGAAAGCGAACGCUGCCAGUGCGAAGUCCGGCAAAUCCAGCACCGCAUCCACCUCUACGAAAGAACCAACCACUGCACCUGAACGGAAACGAGAGCGUGGAACCCCCGCAGUGGCGACCAAGAUCCUGCAGCGCGAUCUGGGGAUAUCGACUUCUGGCGGACGCCGACGCGGCAAAGGUGCCGCUGAUGCUGUGUCUCCCAAGAACGAAUCCCCUCGGGAAUCGCCCGCUCCUACGGCUGAUGCGCCCAAGAAAGAGCGCAAGUCAGCCAAAAACACACCUGCUACGUCAAAUACGGGCAAGGGCAAGGAUAGCGAGACUACUAAAGCCGACACCGGCUCGACCGCAAACCCACCGGCCAAGCCGUCGAAGGGCGCUAAAUCCAAGGCUCCAUCCACUGCUAAGCAGGCUUUCCUCAAGCACGCCAACCCAUCCCAAGGAGUGACAGAGGCACUACUCGAAUCUGCCUUCAGCUCCUUCGGGGCGGUUACCAAGGUUGAAAUUGACAAGAAGAAGGGCUUCGGAUACGUUGAUUUCGCCGAGCCCGACGGACUUCGCAAGGCCAUCGCCGCCAGUCCUGUCUCUGUUGCCCAGAGUCAAGUCGUGGUGCUGGAGCGCAAGGAGAAUCCUGGAAGUGAAAAAUCUCGCAAAGGCCGCGAGGCCCACAAUGCAAACAAAGCCAAGGCGGCUGAGCCAUCUGCGAGCGCAACCAGCAAUGCGGGCUCAGGCAGUGCGGGAGGAAACGCUGGCAACACGGGAGGCAAUACAGGAUCCUCGCGUGGAUCCCGUGGUGGACGAGGCUCACGAAACAAAGGGCCCAAGGGCGCCGCUGCGUCGGAAAAGACUGCGGUUGAGGCCAAGUAG